GUUCAUAUUAGGAUUUACAUAUGACGGCAGUUUCUUCUUCUCUGCCACUGACAGAGAAAACAGCCUCAAUGAAAAGGUCCAAAACCCUUACACUGCCGCAUCUCCCAUUGGAUUUGGUAUCAGAAAUACUGUGUAGACUUUCUGUGAAACACCUCCUUCAACUCUGUUGCGUCUGCAAAUCAUGGAAUUCUCUUAUCUCUCUCGAUUCCAAUUUCGCCAGGAAGCAACUCAGCUUGUCAACCUCCAACAAAGACCGCCAUCACCUCAUCCAAUCCUCUACUAAAUCUUAUCAGAAGGAGUCCUAUCAAAAGCUUUCACUCACUUUUUUUGGUACGCAUUUUGAAACUCCCAUUGCCUUGGGGGCAUUGAGUGGUUGUUUGUCCAUCCUUUCCCUUAGAGGUGAAAUUUCUAAGCUUUUUAAUGUUUGGAUCAUGAAGGAAUAUGGGAAUGAAAAAUCUUGGACUAAAUUGUUAAGUGUUCCUCACUCAAGAGGAUGUGGUUUUUACAGCGGCUAUUGGAAAGUAUUAUAUAUUUCCGAGAAUAAUCAAUUGUUGAUGGAGUUCUAUAGGAUGACGAAACGUGGUUUGGUUGUCUAUGAUUCUAUAAAUAAAACUUUUACUAUUCCUAAAAUGCAAAACAAUAAUCAUGAUCUUAGAGUGACAUCAAAUUUUUAUGUUGAGAGUUUGAUAUCUCCUUUCUAGAUGUUGCUUCUGACUUCAUGGGUUAAUGUUAAUUUGUAAUGUAUAGAAUAUGCUACUUGACUAAUUGCUAUGUUAUUUUU